AUGCCCCGCGUGUGUACGAUCUCACGCAUGCGCAGGAAUGGAACAUCGUCUCACCCUAUUGGUAAUCUAGCCAGGUAUAGUCAACGGUCAAGUUCCACUGUUGCGGGAACAGAGAAAGGAGAAGACUCCUUCCUGAAGUGGCUUCUCUUGUUAAUACCGGUCACUGGAACAUGGCAGUUGAAAUGCAGAAAGUGGAAGUUGGAGUUGAUCCGUGAACCAGAGCCUAUCCCACUUCCUGCAGAUCCUAUGGAAAAGCUGGAGUACAGUCGAGUAAAGAUGCGAGGACACUUUGACCACUCUAAAGAGCUGUAUGUCCUGCGCUCCCCUGUGGACCCUGAGAGAGGGGCAGGCAGGAUUUCCUCCAGCGGGGAGAGUGGAGCUAAUGUCAUUACACCAUUCUACUGUACUAAUCUAGGGUACAAACACACACAAUUUGAAUUCCAUACACUUGCUUUGCACUCUGAUCUGGCUUUCUGGAUCAAAUUAUUAGGAUCACUAUCUUGGUGAACAGAGGUUAUGUACCAAAAGAUAAAAUCAGACCAUAAACUAGAAUGAAAAGGCAGAUAAACUUUCUUCCUUUCUUUUGAAUCAAAUCCAGGUGUAAACAUUAUCAACAGACGAGCUUGCUUUAUUCAUUUUCUCAACCUUUUUGAAUAAUUAAGAGGUGUUUAUAUUUUCUAAAAGGUGACUGAAGUGUUGGAUCUUGUUGGUAUGAUGCGUUUAACUGAGCAGAGGAAACCAUUUGUCCCUAAACAAUAAUGUGGAAGUGAAUAGGUUGCACUCCCGUGACCUGGAGGCCGUGGCGAAGGUCACUGGUGCUGAGGAAAUCUUCAUUGAUGCUGUGCUUGGUUAUAACUGCUCUUAAUACUAAUGUUUGGUGAUUGUAAUGGUGUACAAAGCUAUAAAAAGUUUUGAUUAGAAAAGUGCACAAAUCUGUUAGAAUCUCUUUUUUUUAUUCAGACAACACAAUACCUGGUGGGUCAAUAGGAGAGCAGACAAGAGUAACCUUGAAGAAUGAACACAUGCAAUAUGUCAUCACAUGGUUUGAUUAACUUUGCUAAUCCAUUUUCAUACCUUAACAGAAUUGGUUUUUAAUAUUUACAGGCGUUGCAUGUAUUAAAGUAUAAAAGAAAAGUUAGCUUGUAAUCUUAACAAUGACUUUGAAGUUAACGGUUCAUUUUUCUUUUAGGUAUGGAUUAUGUGCUGCUACCUCCUACAUGUGGUUUGUAAAAUUCAUUAAGCGCAUUGCUUUAUGAGAUUUAUUCAGCACUUUGACCUCAUGGAAUAUAUUUAAUAUUACGUUUAACUCUGUACUGGUAAUAAAACCAUGGAUUUGUUUA